AUGGGCCUCAUGCAAGAGCUCAACGCCCUGCAGGCCAACCCGGACAUUGCACAUAGAUAUGUAGACGUCGUAGGAGUGGCGCCCGACGGCCACCGCGAGCAGCUGAGAGUCCUGGCGCUGAGCAGCGACACCGACCUCAGCAGCUGGCUCGAUGGGCACCUCAUCUUCAUCGACCCAGAGCGUAAGACGCAAAUAGCGGUUGCUAUGCUCUGGCGCACGUGCGCUGCCUUCAUCAUGCGCAACCAGGAUCUUUUUCAAAGCUUUGGCAUGGAGGCCGAGCUGGUCCGGGGUCCGCGGGGCCCAGUCAUGAACGUUACAGUGUAUGUGGCACCGCGGAUCACGGAGCUUGCCUUGCCAGCCGCCGUCGUGGCGCCCGCUGACCAGCAGAUCAGCGCCAGCGUUCUGGUGGGGCAGCAGGCUAUUGCCGCCAACUGCGUCCGUGACAAAGAGGGCUUCUUUUUCCAGAUCGACAAGUCCGAGGAGGCACUCAGCAAGGAACAGAUGGAGUUUGUAAAAUGCGGCGUUGAUGCAGCUGUGCACACAGUGCUGGUGGACCCGUCGGUACUGGAGGACCGCCGCAGCAAUAUGCCCAGCAUCGUGCGCAACAAGGUCACGCGCAUGAUGAGCGAGAUGAACGGCGACCGACUGGGCUUCAAGCAAGAGAAGAUCAGGCGGCAGCAGUGGGUCGAGGGCGAUGUUGUGGACGGGCAGCACCAGCCCACCGCGCUGCGCAGUGCGUGGGAGGCGGGCAUCAAGCCCGCGGCCUGGCUGCAGCUGGCCAGAAUCCCCCUGGCAGCUCACGCACAGCAUGCGGUCAAAACGGCGCUGGCAGCGCUGGGGACCUCAGCCCCCUCUAACACAGCGCAGCAGGGCAACGCCAACCCCAUGCUCCCGCCGACAGCCCACGCGCCGCGGACCCCUGCUGGGGUUCACACAACCGCGGUGGUCCUGAGCCCCAACCCGCAAGCCAACUGCGCUGGGCGGGGCAGCAGCGGCAGCGGCAACGGCAGUUGCGCCAGCGGCACGCCCUCCGUGGGCGGCAGCCCCGACGAGGCAGCCAACGGCGCCGGGCAGGGCGGCAGCAGCAGCAGCGGCAGCGGCCACGGCAGUGGCGCCCGCGGCACACCCUCCCUCCUGAGCGGCAGCCUUGGCGUGGGAGCCAACGGCGCCGGGCAGGGCAACAGCAGUGAUGGCAAUGCCGGGAACGCGGGGCGUGGCGGCGGCGCUGGAGACCCCACCGCGCUCCUAAGCGGCAGGUCCUUCCUGCUGCCUGGCAUGGUGGACACCAGUGGCAACGUGGUCAUCCCACCAGGCGGCCG